AUGUGUUGGCACAAGCGAAUCAUCUUCAGCGUCUGCUACCACUCGCGCUGGGGUCCCGAGACGGCCAAGUGCGACGCCGAAAAGGCCUACCAGGCAGGGCUCCGCGGCGCGGGCUGCUACCAGCGCUGGUCGCACCCGCGCGACGUCGUCCGCGUCGAGGCCAAGUGCCGAAAGUGCGUGGUCGACAAGCAGCGGACGGAUGAGCAGUUCGCCAGGGUAAAGGCCGUCCUUACUUCGCUUCGUGAGGCCGUUGAUGCCGCUCUCGUCAUCUCCGAAGAGGCCGGCUCCGUCUUGGAAGUCGAGGAUGACGAUCAUGGUCCUGCUCCGCACUUGGAUAUGAGCCGGCAUGGAUCAUUGUCUGCCUCUUUAUGUUCUGCUGGCAGCUCGUCCAGCGGACUUGAUUCGAGUCUCGAAAGAGGUGAAAAUAUUCCCCUUGGUAAUGAAUGGGCCGGUCGUCCUCGCUGGAGAUCGCGACAUUACAUGCCUGUCAAGGCAGACUGCGAAAUGUUUUAG